UCACCAAAAAUGCGAGUAUGUGGAUUGGCUGCGUCCUCAGGAUUUGGGGCGGAGAGAUGGUAGACCAAAUUUAGUUUUCAUUCAAACCAGCUGUGAACUCAGGAGCCCCCCUACGAAUUAAACAACAGACAUGGGUCAUCUCCUGAUCCGUCACCUGUGUGUCCUGCUGCCCAGCGUACUGCUCUGUCUGUGUCCGGGGGUCAGCGGGCUGUUUGAGUGGAUGAGACAGAAAGAAGCUCCGCCCGCAGCUCCAGCACCAGCCCCAGCUCUUCCUCCGGUAUCACCAGCACUCCUCGCAAAGGAUGCUCAGUUUGAAAUGGCCACAGCUGAUGAAAAGUUUCUGUCUGAGGCAAAAGACAUGGAGAUCAGCCCGUUAGACAGCUGCCAUUAUAGGGUGGUUGCCCGGUUGAAGUCGAGCUGUGACAGCCUCUCAGAGGAGCAGCUUGCGAAGCUUGGAGUCAUUUUGUUUAACUGCCAGGCUGAGAGUGAGGGGCGGCCAACCUACCCGUGUACAGAGGAAAUGUCUAUAAAAGAGUGCACAGCAGACAUGGACUCGGACACGUGGAACGCCUACCAUAUAGUGAGCAACAGAGCUCGCUCAGUUUGCUACGCGACUCGCCAGCAGCUCUUCAGGCGCAGAGCGGAGCACACAGUCAACGCUCUUAUCUCCACAGCCACAAGCCAACUAGAUGCAAUGAAGGACCUGAAGGAGGGCCAGAAGGAGCUGAAGGAUCUGACAGCAGCAUCCUUGGAGAAACUGCUGGAUGGUCACAGCACUCUGCAGGAGCAACAGGGGAUGCUGUCCAAGGGUCAGGAGCAUAUGGAGAGCUCACUGAGGGACAAUCUGGAGCGGUUGGGCGAGGAGAAAGCCCUCAUCGCAUCCGGACAGGAACUGGUGGCCCAGCUCAUCCAGGGCAUCACGAAGAAAAUGGAGAAUGUGAGUGAACAUCUGCAGGUCCAGGGCUCGGAGGUGCAAGACAGCCACAACGCCAUCGUGAAAGACCUCGCAGACGUCAGACACCAGGCUCAGGACAUCUACCACAAAAUUGACCACAGCAUGAUCGAGUUCCUGCAGUACCAGGACCAGACGUCUCAGUACUACUCUGACCUGAUGAACAAAUUGGAGCGCAUGAACAGCACACUGGGCUUCCUGCUGCACUACCUGGAUAACAUGCAGGGCAGCAUCGAGGAGAGACUUCACAUGAUCCAGGGCUACCUGGGCUCGGCAGGUUUGAGCCUGACAGCCAUGUGGACGUGCGUUUCGCACACAGGAUACUUUGUUCUGUGUGCGGUCCUGCUGACGUUCCUGCGUUGUCCAGGUUUCACCCGAGCCUUGCUACUGCUCACCGUCCCUCUCAACGCAGUGGCAGAGAUCAACCAGCAGCCGGCGCUGGAUCUCACGGGCCUCAGCCUGCUAAUGCUCACACUCUCUCUUGGACACUGGUUUGUGAAUCAGCUGUUGGCCUGUUUCCAAUUCAGAGGAAAGCCUGUCGCUCCUCUGCGCCUUGCUCCAUGUGAAAUCGUGAAACCUCAAAAGCAGACUGUUUCAUCCACAUAUCCUCCAUCCUCUACUCCACACAAGGAUGAAAUGGACGGCUUCAUGGCGCAUGAUGACCUGCUGAAUCAGGACAGCUUCGUCUCAGGAGACUUCGGCAUAUCAGCAGUGUCUCCUCCUCUCAGGAAGCCGUUGCCAGAAUCCAGAUUUGUGCCAAUUAACGGCACACCCAAUCACUCGACUCCGAGGCUCAUCCCACAACCACUAACAGCUGCUCUGAUUGACGAUAUCCCUCUGAGGAACCUGGGAGGAGUAUUUGAUGCAGUAAACGACUCACAUGAUCUGGGGAAUGACUCUAGAUGUGCAAGUCCUGCACCGUCUAUUGUCAGCAACAGCUCUCUGUCAGGGCGUCAGCUGUGCAAUGGCAUCACAAAAACAGGGAAGGCCUGUAAGAAGAGAGCCGUACCUGGACUGGAGUACUGCAGAGUCCACGAAGGGGGGCUCACCUCAUAUGUGCAAUCCUGAAACACUUACCUUCAUGUCUGAUUGUUCUUUGCUAGAGGUCCUUCUCUGUAAAACUUUGUAAAAUUGAACUGUUUUUUUCAUUCUGCCUGUUAAAACCUUUACAAUGAGCUGCUUAUGAACACUACACUACCUUUUUAAUGUUCUUUUAUUGUCAUAUUUUUAACUGUGCAAUUUUAUGCUAAUAAAUUAUUUCUUUACCAUU